UUUGGUAUCACAUGAACGAGAAAGGACCAAUCCAAGUGGCUCUAUCGAAGUUAUUUUGCGAAGAUAGAGGAAGACCGAAAAGGGAACCUUACCAAUGAACAUUUAAAGACAAAAAACCGUCGCCUUUUGGAUUUGGGUCUUUUGUAUCAGAGCUACGUGAUUAGUAUAAAUUAAAUCUAUGGAUUAUGUUAGCUGAACUGGGGCUGGCAAUGGCCCAAACAUAUUGAAUAGAUCGUUGGGGGAGCGAAACGCGACGUUGUAGUGGGCUUUGUACGGAUAAAGGAUUAUUUGCCUACACAAUAACUGCUCCGUCGUGAAAUACCCCCACCAAAGAUUCGUUCAUGGCUUUUCUGUCAGUGUCUCCGCCGUGUCUGUUUUCCGCUCGCAACACCAUUUUAACUAUUGAGGUCGCAUCGCUGUAGUUUUGCUCCCAAGCCCUACAAUCUACACACCGCCGGCUUUCCUUUUUAUAUAUAUAUAUUUUUUUUUUAACUACUAAAAGUACAUAGUUACAUAGUAGGAUAAUUUUUGCGACCAAAUAAAUAUGGAUUUUAACAGCAGCGGUGGGGGAAACGAGCUACAUAAUAACCAAUUCUAUCAAUCUGAGGAGAGCAAGCCUUUGCUUGGAGAGAUGUCUGUGCCGUUGGAGGGGAAUAAUAAUAAAUUAUGCGCCGGGCCGUGCAAGAGAACCCUGCAACAUUGCAGCAGCGGGAUGCGAUAUAAACUACUACAGGAGGGAGACAUCCAGGUGUGUGUGGUCAAACACCCUCGGACCUUCCUCAGCAAAAUUCUAACCUCAAAAUUCUUACGGAGAUGGGAACCGCACCACCUCACCUUGACAGACAGCAGCCUGGCGUCUGCGACGCCCACGGGGUACAUGGAGGCUGCCCUGUCCUACAGCACCAUAGAGGACCUGCAGCUGCUCUCCUGGGAUAACGCCCCCAAAUACUGUGUGCAGCUCAGCUUCCCCGGGGGCACCGUCCUCCUGCAGGCAGCCAACAGCUAUCUGCGGGACCAGUGGUUUAAUUCUCUACAGUGGAAGAAAAAGAUCUAUAAGUACCGUAAGGUUCUGAACAACCCAAGUCGCUGGGAGGUGGUUCUGAAGGAGAUCAGAUUGCUGGUGGACAUGGCCCUGACCUCUCCCCUGCAGGAUGAGUCCAUCCACCAGGCCCCCCUGCAAAUCAUCUCCACCCUGCUGGCUGAGAACACCAACCUCAGCACUCAGGACCAUGAGAACAUCAUUGUGGCCAUCGCUCCUCUCCUGGAAAAUAACCACCCUCCACCGGACCUGUGUGAGUUCUUCUGCAAGCACUGUCGGGAGCGUCCGCGGUCCAUGGUUGUGAUUGAAGUGUUCACCCCUGUGGUCCAGAGAAUCCUCAAACACAACAUGGACUUUGGGAAGUGCCCCAGACUGCGUCUCUUCACUCAGGAGUACAUCUUGGCUCUAAAUGAGCUCAACGCUGGGAUGGAGGUCGUCAAGAAAUUCAUUCACAGCAUGCAUGGCCCCACCGGGCAGUGCCCUCACCCCCGUGUCCUGCCCAACCUGGUGGCAGUGUGCUUGGCUGCCAUCUACUCCUGCUACGAGGACUUCAUCAACAGCCGGGACAACUCCCCCAGUCUGAAGGAGAUAAGGAACGGCUGCCAGCAACAGAAUGAGCGUAAACCCCCUCUGCCCCUCCGCCUACUCCGCCCAGAGCCCCUGACACCCGCACCCACAGGUCUGCUGUCCCUCUCCCCUCCCCCCUCAGCUCCCCUCCCCCCUCCCCCCACACUGCCCCUCUCUCCUCCGCCUUCCAUCGUCAACUCCAGUGAGAUCCUGGUGGAGUUGGAACGCAACAACAACACUGCCAACGCCAGGCGGAAGGGCCCAGGGGGAGGCGACAGUGAGCCCAACCUGAUCGACUGUCUGCUGGUCAGCCCCGCCCUCAACGCCCUGUCAAUCCAGCUGCCUGCCCAGGCCGACCGCGUGCUUGGCUGCUUCGCACUCAUCCUCAAAAUGCUGUCUGACUACGAUGACUGGAGACCCGCCCUGGCUAGCCUGCUGCAGCCCAUCCCAUUCCCCAAAGAGGCCCUUGCACAUGCCAAAUUUACAAAAGAGCUGAAACAUGUUAUUCAGAGGUUUGCAGAGGACCCCAGACAGGAGGUCCACUCCUGUCUGCUCAGUGUGCGCUCAGGAAAGGACGGUUGGUUCCAGCUCUACAGUCCAGGGGGUGUGGCUUGUGAUGAUGAUGGGGAGCUCUUUGCCAGCAUGGUUCACAUUCUUAUGGGCUCCUGUUACAAAACUAAGAAGUUUCUCCUGUCCCUGGCUGAAAACAAGCUGGGGCCCUGCAUGCUCCUGGCUCUGCGUGGGAACCAGACCAUGGUUGAGAUCCUGUGCCUGAUGCUGGAGUACAACAUCAUUGAGAACAAGGACACCCAGCUGCAGAUCAUCUCCACCCUGGAGAGCACUCCGGUGGGCCUUCACAUGUACGAGCAGCUGUGUGACAGGCAGAGGGAGCUCAAAGAGCUGCAAAGAAAAGGAGGCCCCACCCGACUCACUCUGCCCUCCAAGUCUACAGAUGCAGACCUUGCCAGGCUGCUGAGCUCUGGCUCCUUUGGGAACCUGGAGAACCUGAGUCUUGCCUUCACCAACGUCACCAGUGCCUGUGCGGAACAGCUCAUCAAAUUGCCCUCUCUCAAACAGCUCAACCUUUGGUCCACCCAGUUUGGAGAUACAGGAUUGCGGUUGCUGUCUGAACACUUGGCGUGUCUGCAGGUGUUGAAUCUGUGUGAGACACCCGUGACCGACGCCGGCCUGCUGUCCCUCAGCUCCAUGAAGAGCCUGUGCAGUUUGAACAUGAACAGCACAAAGCUCACAGCAGACACAUACGAGGACUUAAAGGCCAAACUCCCCAAUCUGACGGAGGUGGAUGUCCGCUACACCGAGGCCUGGUGAACACAUCCUGUGUGACAUCACUAGAACACCAACUCCCACACCAUCCAAACAUGAGGAUUACCUGAUAUCAACAGAACACAUAGUCUCUCUUACAUCAACAACAAGAGGAUCCUCUCCCAUCUGCAGACGAGGACCUUUUUUUUUUUUUAAUCUGGAGAUGACAUCAGAACGCCUGGACCUCUCUAGUAACAUCAUGUCAAGCGAGAAUUACUAUCUUUCUAGUGACAUCGUCAAAAUACAAGGAGCUCCUUUUUAGCGACAUCAUCAAAAAAGCAAGGACCCACUUUCUUGUGACACAAGGGACCUUAUCUUUCUCUCUCAUGCGUGGUUUCUCACUCUGUUCCUGUCCACAUCAUCCUAUUUGCCCUCAAUAGACUCCUCAUAGAUUUAUUCAGUGUUGUGUCAAAUGUACACAGAACACCAAGUAAACAAGUGGAUAUUUCUCCCCUCCCUCUCUCCCACUCUCUCUGAGGACCUUUAUGUUUAAAUGCACUCUUCCCUCCAUUUACUGGGAGCUCUUCUAUCCUUGUCUGAUCAAGGUUAGAUAACCAGGUCACAUUCCAGUACACUUUUGAUAUUGCCUCUAGUUCAAUCCAAAUGUAGCUCUAAAGAUGUGUCCAAUUGUCAUUUCGGUCUUGUUUUUUUUUGUUUGGGUUCUUUCAGGUUCAGAUUCUGGCCUUUCCAGUCCUUUAUUGGGGAUGAGGUGCUACCUCAAACAAAAUAAAAAUUGCAAGACUGUGCCUAAUUCCUCAUAUGACACUCAAUCAAUUUUUAUCAACUUGAAUGAACAUAUUUUUCCAGACAUCUCUGCAUUCAUAUAUUGUGUGUGACAUUUAAGCAGACAUUUCAGGAGCUCUGCUCUGUGGUUGCAACACUAUUAAAAGGAAGAAAUGUUUCCUUUUAAUUUGUGUUUUCAAUGUACAUAACUCCCAUAUUUAAUAGAAUGAUUGUGUAGUAGGUGGUCUGGGACUGCCUUGUAUUUAUGAUUUCUCAACUUCAUAUCCCUCUUUCUGCCUCCCAUUAUUUUCUCAUAUGUUAAGACACUUUCCAGGCAUACCGCAGUUGACUUUCAUCACACAAUCAAUCGAGAUGUUGCCUAACAUUCUUAUCCAUGCGGAGGCCUAAACUGAAGCCCUAUGUGCACCUUGCAUCAACCUCUCAAUGUUGACUUUUUUUUUUUUCUAAAGAUAAAUAUGGGAUACAUUUUGAUAUUAGCUGUAGAUAUACAGGCCAUGGUCAUCCUUAGGAGUAUUUUGUGAUAAAUGUCAGGAGUGAACAGACUCUGUAGAGGCAACAGCAUGGUGUAUAGAUGACCCUGUUUAAAAAAGCAGCACAUAACCUGCCCAGAGUCUCUAGAAUAAGACCUUUGUGGUUGGUCGGUCAGUACCAGAGUGGAAAGCCAAACAAGUUCAUUUCUGUUUCAAUCCAUUUUUUUUUUGUUGCCAUACUGCACUUCAGACACAAAUAUAUUGUAUCAUACAUCAGUACUAUCUGAUACAGUGGCAUAGAAUCACGUGCUAAUCAUUUGUUCACAGAGCCACAUUUCUCUCUACUCUGACUAGGUAUCCCUCUUUCCCUUUGCCCAUCAAGCAUGGAGAGAGGGCACUGUUUUGGAGUAUGCUCACCCAUUUAUGUAGUACAUGUAGCUGGGGUAAAAUGUUUCAUUCCUCCAUCUUCAUUUGGAAUCAUGAGAACACUGUUUGCAUGGGCAAUACCACCAGUUCUGAAUAGAUUUCCUAUAUUAUUACCAAGGAAUGUGAUAUUACAGCAUUCAGGUAUGUGGUAACUUGGCCCACACAAACUGCAGAAGAGUUGUCCCUCUGUCUCUUCUGCUUUAGGUGGUUUUGAUGAAUCUGUUCCUUCUCUGUGCCCUUUCAGGGCGUCUCGUACACAAUCGGAGCGUUAUUCUGUAUGCCCGACUCUGGUUCCUUCCACUUUUGUUUUCUCCAGAAUGCUCAAGAAUUCUUUCCGUUCAGUUUUGGCAGAACUUUCAGGACACAGUUGGACACCGUCCAAUAAGAUUUCAAUGCUAUGUUGAUUUUGAGUGCCACGACGGUUCGGUGCACUAAAUGUUGUUGUAUAUGGCCACCAGGCUUAGGACCUCAUGCUGUCACAUCCUGUAUAAUGUAAAUACAAGUGUAUAUAAUUUUCUGUCCCUCUCUAUGUUCCCCUCCGCUCUGUGUUUCUCUUAGUCUCCCUGUUAGGGAGGCUGUUGCCUUCAUCUUCAGGAUGUGUGCGUGUGGUCAUUACUUUAAUUUUCACACAAAGUGCACUGUAAUCUAACUUCCAUUAUGUUUUCAUGGUAAUUGUUAUGGCUGAUUUUGUAUUUGUUUCAACAGUUUGUUUGAUUUGAUCACUUUAAUCAAGUGUUUGUCAUCUGUUUUGUAUAUACAGUACCAGUCAAAAAUGUGGACACUUACUUUCUUUUUACUAUUUUCUACAUUUUAGAAUAAUAGUGAAGACAUCAAACCUAUGAAAUAACACACAUGGAAUCAUAUAGUAA